AUGAGGUCAACAGCCAUGAAUUUUGGGUACAAGAGCUUCCAGCCACCACCAGACAAGGGCAGCUUCCCACUGGAUCACUUUGGUGAACAUAAAAGCUUUAAAGAGAAAUUCAUCAAGUAUCUCCCUGACAAUAAAAUAAAAAAUGCUUUGUGCAGAAAUGAAUCAAAAGACUAUUUAGAAUGCAGAAUGGAGAGGCGGCUGAUGGCACAAAAACCCCUGGAAAAACUGGGAUUUGAUUUGAUUGAUGGAAAACCAGAGGCAAAAACUAACUUCUAA